CUCAGUGAGUGAGUUAGUUGGUGGAGAUCGAGGGUGAUGUCUGAGAUUAGAGUCAACCUGACUGAAGCAGGAACACAUGAAGACCCAGCUGGACCAAGUCCUGACCCUGUGAAAACUGCUGGCAGACCAGACCUGCAGGGCUUGCUGCCUGCUGUCAGCUCCUCUUCAGCCGAUGUGAGCCCUUCACCUUCUGCCGAGCCCAGCGGCUUGUUGUCAUUACCAUGGGAGAUCUUAACACACAUUGCCUCACACCUUCCUGCUCAGUGCAUAAUCAAUGUGCUGCCAAAGGUAUGUCAUGUGUUGAGUACUGUGGGUGAGGACAGCACUGCUUGGCAGCUACGAGCAAAGAGACUAAUCGGGUCAAAAGCCAUCUUUCCCGUAGGGCCGAGGGAAAACUUUGACUGGCCUACAGCUUGCCUGGAGAUAGAGAAGCUAAUAACUUGCUGGACAGGUGAAGCCCAACACAAAGCUAGACAGACCCGAGAGAAUGAGGAGGAGAGAGAUCGGGUGAGUCUGCAGGGGAGGGCGCCAAUUGCAGAAGGACAGGAAGAUGCUGGAGGAGAUGAGUUACAAGGAGUGGGAGUGGCGGCGCAGGAAGUAGCUUAUGGUGCUGAUGAAGGCAUAGAGGUAGUACUGGAAGCUGAGAAUGGUGAAAUGCAGCCAGCCUUAGAUGGAGACCAAUUGGCAAGAUUGAGGAUUGCAUUAGAGGAGAGGCUGGUGGAUGAAGCAGUGGAGUUGGAGGAUGGAAGAAUUGAGUUAAAUGGGGAGCAAGAUGCAGCUCUUCACAACCAGGAAUUCAUGAACCAGGAGGACGACAGAGAACUGGUAGAAGUGAUUGAUCAUCAAGCCUCAAGAAGCCCUAGCCCACCCCCAGCAUUAGAGUGCAUCACCCUACCUUCAAGUCACAUAGCCCAGAUCAAUUCGGUCCUCCUCCUUGGUGGGGAGGGUGGUAUUUGCGCCACAGCUUCCAGAGACUGGAAUGUGAAACUUUGGGAUCUGCAGUCCGGCUCUAAUGGCACACUGCUGCACACAUUGGGAAGGCAGGGUGACUUCAGCUCCCAUCGAGGCUGGGUGUGGUGCCUGGCAUCUGAGGGUCCCCUGUUGGCCUCAGGGGGCUUUGACAGCACAGUGAGGCUGUGGGAUCUGCAGGCCGGCGGCGCAGACAGGGGCCUUUUCAGGACAAGAGAUGCUGUUCUCUGCUUGUCCUGUCAGACGGAUGUGUUGCUGGCUGGUACUUUUGACAAGAAGAUCAACAUGUAUGACACUAGAGCUGCUGAACCAUUGAUUAAAAGCCUUAAACUCCAUGGCAAUGCUGUAAUGUGCCUAGCUGCAGACGACAAAUACAUAAUCUCUGGGAGCAAAGACUGCACUGUGGCUGUGUAUGACCGCAGAGCAGGCAAAGGCUUGAAGAAAAUUCAGCUGGGGUCCUAUUUGCUGUCCAUGAGCUACAGCAGUUCUGAGAUCUGGGCAGGAGACAACAAAGGCAUGCUGCGCUCCUUUUCCAUGCAGGAUGGAACGUUAAAGCGCCUGUCCCAGUUUGAUGUAGGACACACAGCUCUGGUUACUGGUAUCCACAGGUCUCAUGGAAGCCUCUACAGCUGCUCGUCUGAUGGAACGUUCAAGGUUCACAUCCCCUGCGCACCUCCAAGGACUUUAUCUACUCUUCAUUAUCAAGCUGGUGUCCACGGGCUGAGUGUGGAGGCUGGAGUCCUCGCUGUGGCCUCGGGCGACCUUAAUGUGGAAGUCUGGAGACCCAGAAAGUGAGCCUGCUACAUCAACGUCCUCAUGGGAGGACUUGGAAAAAGAGGUGCGGAUAAAAACGGAAACAUAACGCGUGCCGAUCAUCCUGAGGCCUAAACUACAAACCAGUUAAUUACCACUGUCGACGUGCCACCUUUGAUUGACAUCAAGCCCAGGUGAACAACACGUCUUUAAAAAAACUCAUACGUUACUGCAAAUAUUAACUUUUUGCUUAAACCUAAUGUAGCCGUCAGUAAAAGCCUUUGAACCAUACGAAACACGUAAUUAUCCUCCAGUAUAGCAUCUGACAAAACUAUAAAACCCCUGAAG